AUGACCUCCACGUUUGACAACGUGGUCCUCAAUGUCUUCGAGGCUACGACCAGCGCCAACGCCAUCGUGGCCAAACCCAAGCAGGUCAUUGUCAACGGCGAUUUCUCCAGCGGCGCCAAUGGAUGGACAUGGUCAUCAACCAGUACUCGCUCGAGCUUUGACGGAUCCAAUGGCCAAGGUAUCGUUCGCUUCGGCGGCCUAGACUCCUACUACACAGCGCCCACAUCCAUCAUCCAGACGGUACCACUCAUCGAGCUCGGCCAGACCUUUAGCCUUUCCGCCGAAGUAUGGGCUCAAGUCCCAAGCGGAACCACAUUUCUGAUUGUCCUUUAUGUCGGCAACGUUGCGGCGUGGAAGAUGGACAAUAUCGGUGGGUAUCAAUCCUGGAACCUCAGAGAUCUAAAGGGCGUGGCCAAUCACGACAAUACUUCGUUCAGUUUCUACUCUACCUGUACGGGUACUGCUGUCCCUACUCUUGGGUUUGAUGAUGUUGUUUGUUGGUACAAUGUGUAA